UUAUUCAGCAAACAAAGCCUUUUCGGAUAUUUCUGCAUCGUGGACGUUUUCUCGGCGGUUUUGCACCAAAUUUGUUGCGGCAUCAAGGCCAGAGAGUUUGCCUUGACUCCCCUCACUACCAAAAUAAAUGCACAGGGCAGGAUUGUUCCACUGAGCAGCCGUGACUGGGGAGAGAGGAGAAGGAAGGAGAUGGUACGUGCCGACAGCUCGAAAGUGAUUGCGGGGAGGAUUGCUAUGUAUGAGAGAGUUCAGGGGGGAAACGGGAGCAACUCACACGGGCAGCCAGGGCUGCCAGGAUGGCGAGAGCCAAGCUGAAGAAUUCCCCUUCAGAGAGCAAUGCCCACGUCAAAACCGUCCCGGCAGGCACGACAGAAGAUGUGCACGGGGUGAGCCCCUUGUUACCGUCUCGGAGGAUGGGAUCCAUGGGGAGUGAUGUCGGACAAAGGCCUCACGCCGAGGAUUUCAGCGUGGAUUCCUCCUUCUCACAGGUGCAGGUCGAGUUCUACGUGAAUGAAAACACCUUCAAGGAGCGGCUGAAGCUCUUCUUCAUCAAAAACCAGCGAUCGAGCCUGCGGAUCCGGCUCUUCAACUUCUCCCUGAAGCUGCUGACGUGCCUGCUGUACAUCGUGCGCGUGCUGCUGGACAACCCCGAGGAGGGCAUCGGCUGCUGGGAAUGUGAGAAGCAGAAUUACACAGCCUUCAACCAGUCCACCAACAUCAACUGGUCCCACAUCUUCUGGGUGGACAGGAAAACCCCCCUGUGGGCCGUGCAGGUCAGCAUCGCCCUCAUCAGCUUCCUGGAGACCAUGCUGCUCACCUAUCUCAGCUACAAGGGGAACAUCUGGGAGCAGAUUUUUCGCAUUUCCUUCAUCCUGGAGAUGAUCAACACAGUGCCAUUCAUCAUCACGAUAUUCUGGCCUCCUCUGCGGAAUUUGUUCAUUCCUGUGUUUCUGAACUGCUGGCUGGCCAAGUACGCCCUGGAGAACAUGAUUAACGACCUGCACCGAGCCAUCCAAAGGACACAGUCAGCAAUGUUCAACCAGGUGCUCAUCCUCAUCUGCACCCUCCUGUGUCUCGUUUUCACGGGGACCUGCGGCAUCCAGCACUUGGAAAGAGCAGGUGAGAAGCUCUCCCUCUUCAAGUCCUUCUAUUUCUGCAUCGUCACCUUUUCCACCGUGGGCUACGGAGACGUGACACCAAAGAUUUGGCCUUCCCAGCUGCUCGUGGUGAUCAUGAUCUGCGUGGCUCUGGUGGUGCUGCCUCUCCAGUUCGAGGAGCUGGUGUACCUGUGGAUGGAGCGGCAGAAGUCGGGGGGCAACUACAGCCGGCACCGCGCGCAGACCGAGAAGCACGUGGUGCUGUGCGUCAGCUCCCUCAAGAUCGACCUCCUCAUGGACUUCCUCAACGAGUUCUACGCCCACCCUCGCCUGCAGGAUUACUACGUGGUGAUCCUGUGCCCCACGGAGAUGGACAUCCAGGUGCGGCGCGUGCUGCAGAUCCCCCUGUGGUCCCAGAGGGUCAUCUACCUCCAGGGCUCUGCCCUCAAGGACCAGGACCUGAUGAGAGCCAAGAUGGACAAUGGAGAAGCUUGCUUCAUCCUCAGCAGCCGGAAUGAGGUGGACAGAACAGCAGCUGACCACCAGACCAUCCUGAGGGCCUGGGCUGUCAAAGACUUUGCUCCAAACUGUCCUCUCUACGUUCAGAUCUUAAAGCCAGAAAAUAAAUUCCACGUCAAGUUUGCAGAUCACGUUGUGUGUGAGGAGGAGUGCAAAUACGCCAUGCUGGCCCUGAACUGUGUCUGCCCUGCCACCUCCACCCUCAUCACGCUGCUGGUGCACACCUCCCGUGGCCAGGAGGGCCAGGAGUCUCCGGAGCAGUGGCAGCGCAUGUACGGGCGCUGCUCGGGCAAUGAGGUCUAUCACAUCCGCAUGGGGGACAGCAAGUUCUUCAUGGAGUACGAGGGCAAGAGCUUCACCUACGCCGCCUUCCACGCGCACAAGAAGUACGGUGUCUGCCUGAUCGGGAUCCGCAGGGAGGAGAACAAGAGCAUCCUGCUGAACCCCGGCCCCAGGCACAUCAUGGCAGCCUCGGACACCUGCUUCUACAUCAACAUCACCAAGGAGGAGAACUCUGCCUUCAUCUUCAAGCAGGAGGAGAAGCAGAAGAAGAAGGGCUUUGCAGGCAGCUACGACGGCCCCUCCCGGCUGCCCGUGCACAGCAUCAUUGCCAGCAUGGGUACAGUGGCCAUGGACCUGCAGAACACCGAGUGCCGCCCUGCCAACAGCAGCAAGCUGGCCCUGCCCGCCGAGAACGGCUCGGGCACGCGGCGGCCCAGCAUCGCCCCGGUGCUGGAGCUGGCUGACACCUCCUCCCUGCUGCCCUGCGACCUCCUCAGCGACCAGUCCGAGGACGAGAUGACGCAGUCGGACGAGGAGGGGUCAGCGGUGCUCGAGUACGUGAAGGGCUACCCCCCAAACUCGCCCUACAUCGGGAGCUCCCCGACCCUGUGCCACCUGCUGCCCGAGAAAGCCCCGUUCUGCUGCCUGAGGCUGGACAAGGGCUGCAAACACAACAGCUUUGAGGAUGCCAAAGCCUACGGCUUCAAGAACAAGCUGAUCAUCGUUUCUGCAGAGACAGCGGGGAACGGCCUCUACAACUUCAUCGUCCCGCUGCGCGCCUACUACCGCUCCCGCAAGGAGCUCAACCCCAUCGUGCUGCUGCUGGACAACAAGCCUGAGCACCACUUUCUGGAGGCCAUCUGCUGUUUCCCCAUGGUGUACUACAUGGAGGGCACCAUUGACAACCUGGACAGUUUGCUGCAGUGUGGCAUCAUCUACGCUGACAACUUGGUGGUGGUGGACAAGGAGAGCACCAUGAGUGCUGAGGAGGACUACAUGGCAGAUGCCAAGACCAUUGUCAACGUCCAGACCAUGUUCAGGCUCUUCCCCAGCCUCAGCAUUAUCACGGAGCUGACCCACCCCUCCAACAUGAGGUUCAUGCAGUUCAGAGCAAAGGACAGUUACUCUCUGGCCCUUUCUAAGCUAGAAAAGAGAGAGCGAGAGAAUGGCUCCAACCUGGCCUUCAUGUUCCGGCUGCCCUUCGCCGCCGGGAGAGUCUUCAGCAUCAGCAUGCUGGACACGCUGCUCUACCAGUCGUUCGUGAAGGAUUACAUGAUCACCAUCACUCGGCUGCUGCUGGGCCUCGACACCACGCCGGGCUCCGGGUACCUCUGUGCGAUGAAGAUCACUGAGGAUGACCUGUGGAUCCGGACGUACGGACGCCUCUUCCAGAAGCUCUGCUCCUCCAGUGCCGAGAUCCCCAUCGGCAUCUACAGGACGGAGUCGCACAUGUUCGCCACCUCCGAGCCCCACGACAUCCGAGCGCAGUCACAGAUCUCAAUCAAUGUUGAGGACUGCGAGGACACCAAGGACGUCAAGGAGCACUGGGGCAUCAAGACGAGCCACCACCGCAACUCGUGCUCCAGCGACCAGUCGGAGCACCCGCUGCUGCGGCGCAAGAGCAUGCAGUGGGCGCGGCGCCUCAGCCGCAAGGGCAACAAGCACUCCAGCAAGACGGCCGAGUGGAUCAGCCAGCAGCGCCUCAGCCUGUACCGCCGCUCCGAGCGCCAGGAGCUCUCCGAGCUCGUCAAGAACCGCAUGAAGCACCUGGGCCUGCCCACCACCGGGUACGAGGAUGUAGCAAAUUUAACAGCCAGUGAUGUGAUGAAUCGGGUAAACCUGGGAUAUUUGCAAGAUGAGAUGAACGACCACCAGAACACCUUGUCCUAUGUCCUGAUCAAUCCCCCCCCGGACACGCGGCUGGAGCUCAACGACAUCGUGUACCUGAUCCGCUCCGACCCCCUGGCCCACGUGGCCAACGACGGCCACAGCCGCAAGAGCAGCUGCAGCAACAAGCUGGGCUCGGGCAACCCCGAGACGCGCGACGAGACCCAGCUGUGAGCGCUGCCAGGGCGGGCAAGGACAGCCUGGCACGGCCCGGCCCGGCCCCAUGGAGGCGCUGCCCAGCCCGGCGGGGAUGCCCAGCCCGGCCGUGCCCACGGGAGGAUGCCCAGCCCGGCCGUGCCCACGGGACGAUGCCCAGCCCGGCCAUGCCUGCGGGACGAUGCCCAGCCCGGCCGUGCCCAUGGGAGGAUGCCCAGCCCGGUGGGGAUGCCCAGCCUGGCCGUGCCCACGGGACGAUGCCCAGCCCGGCGGGGAUGCCCAGCCUGGCAGUGCCCACGGGAGGAUGCCCGGAGCCCCAGCACGGCCGGACGCAGCCGGUGGCCGUGUGUGCCCCCGGGGAUUUUAACUUUUCUACCGAUACCGCAACUAGUGAGACAGCGUUCGCUGGUGCUGGUGGGACGGGGCUGAGCCCAGAUGCCAAUGGGAGCAGGGCUGGGGUUGCUGGAGGGUGCAGGUUGGUAAAGACAAGAGGAAAACUGCACCGAGACCCUGCUCCUCUUCCUCCUCCUCCUCUUCCUUCACCAGGUGUCCCCCAGGGUGCCCAGACUCCUGCUCUGUCGCUCAUGGUCUUCAUCCUCGGCUGGGUUUCUGUUCUGGGCACUGGGUGAGGACUCUGGUGGCCGUGGCACAGCCGGGAUGGAGGGGACAGGGCACAGCAGGGCCCCCACGCCUUGGGGCACCUCACAAACCAGAGCACGCCAAGCCCAGGGCACCGAGAGGGGGCCAGAUCUGUGACAGAGCCUUGGGGCACCUCACAAAGCAGGACACCCCAAGCCCAGGGCACCGAAAGCAGGGCCAGCUCUGUGGCAGUGCCCUGGAGCCCCUGGGUUUGUGUCCUGCUGGGGCUGAGCUGCUGCUGCUGGGCUGGCUGGGCUGUGCAGGUUUGGUGGCUCCAUUCACCCUUUCCAGCCAGGGCAGUCUGGAGUCCAACCCCGCUGUGUGUCCCGGCCGUGUCCUGCUGUCCUUCCCCUCCCCGUGGUCGCAGCUGGUGGCGCCGUUAUGGCAGCGGGUCCUGCCUGUCCCCACAGCCCCCCCUGCUCGGCUCUGUCCCCCCUGUCCCCGUGGCUUCCCCUGCAGCAGAGGUGCAUGAACGUCCCCCCCGACCUGCAGGGCCCCGGCACCACCACAAACACCAGAUGUGUUUCCAUUCUGCUUUUGCACAUUCUGCAAUGGUGUGGAAAGGGUUUAUUUGACUGCCAAGUGAAUAACUGAGUUGUUGACUUUCUAUACUUUCAUGUUCAUAUCUUACAAUUCCAAUGUGAUUUUUUUUUUGUUGUUUUUUAGCAAGGAGCUUGUAAAGCA